AUGAUAUUUUCAGCUGACGUACUUGAUCCAAAUUCAAAAGAAGUUAAAGAACUAAAAGAUUUGAUUCUGAGGAUUUUGGAGCUUGUUGGCAAGCCAAAUCUCGCUGAUUUUUUUCCUAUUCUAAAGCCAUUUGAUCCUCAGGGAAUUAGAAGAGAUAUUAAGCCUGCUUAUGAUGUGAACAAUAUGGCCCGGAUGAACUGGAUCUCCCCGAAGUUAGACUACUGCUCAUGCCAACAGGAUUUGUUUAUAGGAGGUACAGAUGCCACUACUGCCACAAUCGAAUGGGCAAUGGCAGAGCUUCUUCACAACCCAGAGAAAAUGGCAAAAGUAAAGCAAGAAAUUGUAGAAAAAGUUGGCUCAGGGUUUAGUGUCAAGGAGGCAGACAUCAUGCAACUUCAUUAUCUAGAUGCAGUCCUAAAAGAAACAAUGAGACUCCAUCCCACAACACCACUUCUCAUCCAUUCUGCCGAGACAGACGUGCAACUUUGUGGUUUCGUCAUUCCAAAACAUACUCAGGUAAUGGUGAACGCAUGGUCGAUCACGAGGGAUGCAGCUUACUGGAAAGAUCCCACCAUAUUUCUACCAGAAAGGUUUCUGAAUUCAGACAUUGAUUUCAGGGGAAGGGAUUUAUCCCUCAUCCCUUUUGGCUCUGGAAGGCGAAUUUGCCCUGGAUUGCCGCUGGCAGUGAGAAUGGUGAAAUUGUUGUUGGCUACUCUUGUACAUAAUUCUGAUUGGAAACUUCCUAAUGGUAUGAAACCAAAAGAUAUGGACAUGAAAGAUAAGUUUGGGCUUUCACUUGAGAAAGCUGAACCUCUUGCUGCUAUUCCUGUGAGAGUUUCAAAUUGUUGA